AAUGGGCGUCUUUAGCGAUGUUUUGGUCUGCACAUUUGUCCUGGCGACAUUUCUAGGCCACGGAGAUUGCAGAAAGGCAAAAUCGAAGGUUGUAUUUGUGACACUGAGUUUUGAAUCAAGCCCUUACUUCAAUUGUUUGGAAUUAGCGGAAGAGUUGGCGAGGCGCGGACAUGAGGUUUCAAUUCUAACAACGAGACAUAUGAAAACACGAAAGAGCACUGUGAAACAUGUUGAAUAUCAACUACCAAAUCCACAGUUAGCAGAAGAGAUCCUUUAUAAUAUAGGCGCUGUAUCUAAUCAUUCGGGACUAUAUACCUUCUUCACUGCAUUAAAAAGCCUAUCGCAAGUUUUUCUAGACUCAUGCUUUGCAAUGCUGAAAAACAAAAAUGUUCUUAAAGAGAUAAAGGAUGCGGACAUGAUCGUAACAAUAUCAGUGAUGCCAUGUGGGCACUAUAUUGCUGAUAUGUAUGACAAGCCAACAAUAGCACUGCAACCAGCUUCGUUUUCUUCUAUCGCCUCGGAAACUGGGGCUCCGAACCUUGCCAGCUUUGUCCCGAUGAUUACAAGUCCGUUUACUGAUGAAAUGUCUUUUAUAGAGCGAGUGAAAAAUUUUGUCGACUACAGGUUUAAAGAUAUUAUUGUGAAUUUUUGGCUGACAUAUUGGUUUAGAGAGCUGCAAUCUGCAAACGACUGGAAAAGUAAAGGGAGUUACACUGAGGUUUUCGGGAAAGCGGAGAUGUUCAUAGUGCCGCUUGACUUCUCAUAUCAUUAUGUCACCCCAAUGAUGCCCAAUACCUUCUUUGUUGGAUCAUUUUUGACAAAGCCAUCAAAACAGUUACCUGAAGAUCUUGAAGAGUUCAUGCAAAGCUCUGGAGAGCACGGAGUUGUGUUGCUUGCUUUUGGUAGUGCAGUGUGUAGUAUGGACCAAGUCAUUGUUGAAAGAAUUCUAACUGCCAUUUCACGCAUGAAGCAAAAGUUCAUCUGGAAAAUGAAAUCGACAGAAAACUUGACAAUCCCCCCAAACCUGAAAGCAUUGAAAUGGGUACCCCAGAAUGACAUACUUGGCCACGAAAAGACAAAGGCUUUCGUUAGUCACAUGGGCAUAAACGGAGCCGCUGAAGCUGCGUAUCACGGUGUGCCGAUUGUCGCUGUGCCAUUCACAGCUGAACGAUUGCACAAUACGAUUAUGUUUUCUAAGAAGAUAAAAAUGGCCAAGAUUAUCGACAUUAAAACUGCUGACGCAGAGACAUGGCAAAGGACUAUGGAAGAAGUGAUAUACAAUUCAAGCUACAAGGAGAAUGCAAUGAUGACGUCAAAACGUAUGCGAAGCUGGCCUAAAUCAGGCAAAGAGAGAGCCGGAGAUCUUGUUCAGUAUGCACUUGAUAAUGGUGGACGUCUGCCUCAUUUGAAGUCAAACGCAAACACUCUGUACUGGUUCCAAUACUACUGUGUCGACGUCAUUACGUUGUUGCUUGCGCUGGCAGUGUUGUUGCCUUUAGUUAUCUUUAAAAUGCUGAAGUUCUUGCUUUCGUUGCUGUGGAGGAGUACAGAGAAAUCGAAGAAGGAUUAGGUUGCUCAAACAAUGGUUUUUCCAUAUUUGCUUAUUUUGUGUUGACUGAAGAAAUUUUUCCCAUUUGCAUCACAGGCUGUAAGGCUAUAUUUCCCAGGGGCGGAUCUAGACGUUCGCACCGUUCGCACAUGCGACAGUCAAACUUUUAAAAUUAUACUAAGAAUCCGUCUCGAGAGAGGUUUUUGCUGAACAACAACUUUUUCGCUUAUUGGCAAAUUUCUCAUUUGUGUUUUGAUACUAUUUACUCGGGAAUUAUGCUUCAGUUAUAUUUGACAACUGAACACCGUGCAGGAGCAGGAAGAUCCAAGGUCUGAAUCAUGCAUGAUUUAAACCUGGCCAUAAACAGAAGCAAAAUCUUAAACACAAUCUCUAAUUCUAUCUCGAUCUUGAUUCAAUCUGAUUCAAAUCUCAAAGCAUCCUGACUAAAAAACAACAGGGUACCAAUGUAGUUAGAUUAGGGUAUUUCGGUGCACAGUAUGAUUAGUAGCACGUUCGCACCGAUUCGCAAAGCUUUUGUUUCAAAAUAUUUAGCCAAUCAAAUUGCUAGAUAGUGCGAACUUCGGUGCACAGUAUGUUUUUUAGUAAGGUCGCACCACUGGGCAAAGAUUAAUCCGUUCUCAUUGCGUGUAUUGUGCAGUUUUGAGCUUAUUUAUGCCUGGCAUGGGCAAGCUUUUCACUGGAGAAAAGGAAUUUUGUGUUAUGGAGUCGGCUGGCUACAUGUAAAACGAAUACGUUAAACCUGGUAGUUUGGAAGACAAAGGUCGCUAGAUUUUCAGAGUAACAUUCGACACGGGAUGUUUUCAAGUUUCGAUGUUCAUUACCUCCUCCAUGAAUCGAGGACCUACUAAUGUCAAUAAAUGCACUGGACUGGGGUGAUAAUCAGUGGGCGAUACCUGCGAUUUGGCUCUGGCGAAGAAAUAAUGUUCAGGACGUUGGCAGAGAAAAAUCAUCACUUAGACAAAACUUUCAAAGUGAAUCUUUUCAAUGUGGAUUUUCAGUUCUUUAUCAGCUUUCAGAUAUUUCCGGGUAAUGUUUACUUGCUUGGGUAUUCCCCUGAAUUCGAAGGGGUUUCUUGGAAGUAAAAUACAUGUUUACACGCUGAUUUGGUUUAGCUAUUAAAUAAUAUUAGUUAUUAAUGCAGGUUUUAUGACUAUUUGUGUAAAUUUGUUCUAUUUGGUUAGUUCUGAAAAUUCAUUGCAA